GCAUGAUCCGUCGUCCCUCUUAUCUAUUUCCCGAUGGAGGACGGCGCCUCCCCGGGCGGAACGAGGACCGGAGGCGGGCGCGGCGUGGGUGGGAACGGGGCCGGAGACCGGAGCGGCCUGGCCGAAUCUGGAGCACAUGACCCGGGGGGGCGUCUCCGUCCGCGGGAUGCCCGCAAUUCCCGGCCUCAUGUGCCUCGCGGGCCCCGCGCGCCCCAACCGUCACGUGACCCCGCGUCGGGCCACGGCCACCCAUCCAAUCGCCCUAAUUAACCCGCGUGCGUGACCCCGCCCGCCUCGGGAUUAACCCCGGAAGCCCGGCGCUUUGGCAGAGAGCAGCGGCGCGGCGGGUGGGGUGGAUUAACCGGGGCGGCACGUGCGCGCCCGGGCCUAACCGCCGCCUCGGCCCGCCCCCCUCGCGUGCGCGGCGAAGGGAGCCGGGUGUGUGGUGUCUGGUGCGGGCGUGGUCAGCUGACGGGCGCCGCGCCGUAUAAAGCGUCCCCGCGAGCAGCCGGCCCAUAGCUGCUGGUAGAGAAGGCGAGGAAGGGGAGAAGGCGAAGCAAGGUCGGUCGGAGAGGGACGGAGAGGCUAGGAGAGAGAGAAGAAGCGAGUAGCUAGAGAGAGAAACGCCUCUCACGUAUGUCACGUGAGAGCCAGAGAGAGCUCUCCGUCCGAUCCGAGGGGCUUGUUGCACAGGCGGCUUCGUCCGGUGGACGACCGACGUCGUCGGUGGCGCGGUGCUAGCUGAGGAGAAUUAUUGCUCGGCGCGCGAGGAGCCGGCGUCCAUGGCGAGGCGGCGCUGCGAUUGACGCCGGGCGACGAUUAUGGGCAUCCAAGCCUUUUCUUUUCUUUUUCUGCAUGCGUGAGCUCUUGCAGGGAACAAGGCGGCGACGCACGAGCACGACUUCCUCUCGCUGUACACCGCCACCACCGCCGCAGCUAAUAAGGACUCUCCUCUCCAGCUCCACGACUCCAAGCCACUUCCUCCCUCUCAAGCUGGCCGGCGAUAAGAAGCGACAAGCAAAAGCAACGGCGGAUCACGUGUGGGUUGGACGCAAGGAGCCGUCGACGGCCUUCCAUCCCAUCUGGCCGGGGCCCACCCGGCCACCCACGGGCUUCCGCCUAAUCAUGAUUAGCCGGACGGGUAGUAGUUUCUUCCUGAAGACGCACGACUUCCUGCAGCCUCUGGAGAAGCCGGGAGCGCCGCCGCCGGAGCCGUCGCCGUCGCUGCCCGCCGCCACCUCCGGCGCGGAAAGCAGGCACCGCCACCAGCCGGUGACCGCCGCUGCCGCCGAGCAGCACGCGCUGCCCCCGCCCGGCGGCGUCGGCACGUUCAGCAUCUGCCCCGCGCCCGUCUCGGUCGCGCCGCCGGCGUCCGCUGCCGUCGUCAAGGCGGAGCCGCCGCUCGUGCUCUGGGGCCAGCCCGCGGCAGCGCUCCUGCCGGCCGCGCGAGGGCACCAGCUGCAGUGGGCGCUCCCCUUCGCCGGCGCCGGGCAGGCCAGGCAGCCGCCGCCGCAGCAGCAUCAGGCGCCGCCGGAUAGGAAGGGGCGCGGCGGAGGAGGCGGGGUCAUGGAGUCGGGCUCCAGAUCCAGCGGCGGCGCGGGGUUCGACGACGACGACGGCCUCGCCGCCCGCCGCGAGGUCUCCUCCUCGCUCAAAGAGUUGACGGUGAGGAAGAGGACAGGUAGUGUGGAAGGGAUGAGUUCGCACGCGCUGACGGCGCCAGGCGCCGGCUCGCAGUGGCAGCCGGCCCACGUCCACCAGCUUCAUGCUCACCUCCUUGUCUCCGGCCGCCUCCGCGGCUCGCCCGCAAUCGCCGCGCUCGCGCUGCUUCGCGCCGCAUGCCGCGUGCGCCCCUCCCCCUGCUUCCGCCCGCUCGCUCGCCACCUGCUCGACGGAAUUCCCCACCCGACCCCGCAACUCCUCCACGCUGCCGCGCGCCUCGCCUAUCGCCUCGGCCUGCCUUCCCUCGCGCUUGGCCACUACCUGGCUCUCCGCGCGCGCCACCCGGCAUUCCUGCCGCCCGCCCCUGCCAUCGCUGAUGUCCUGAAGUCCGCCCCUGGCCGUGCAGCGCAUGCCCAUGCACUACGCGUUGCCGCACAUGCGGUGGAUGCUCGUUUCCUGGACAACACGCUCAUCGCCAUGUACUUUGCAUGUGGCGACGCCUGGAGCGCGCGCCAAGUAUUUGAGGGAAUGUGCGACCGGGAUGUCGUCUCUUGGACUUCGCUAAUAUCGGGUCUUGUGCAGAAUGGCCACCCCUUGCAGGGGCUCCAUCAUUUUGCAUCAAUGAUGCACAGUGAGGUGUGCCCUGACUUCGUGUUGCUAGUAACUGUCCUUAAAGCGUAUAUGGAGCUUGAUGACUUGCCUGGUGCCACAGCAGCUCAUUCCUUAGUUGUCAAGAGUGGCUUUGACAAUGAACUAGAUGUGGUGAUCACGCUGACAUCCAUGUAUGCCAAGUUUGGGUGCAUUAUGUCUGCAAGGGCACUCUUCGACAGGGUGCCAAUCCCACGGGUGAAUGUGAUCCUUUGGAAUGCUAUGAUAUCAGGUUAUUCUAAGAAUGGCCUUGCCAAUGAGGCGGUGCAACUUUUCAAGCAGAUGAGGAAGGUUGCGAGGAACAUGACACCUGACUCUGUUACCUUACGGUCGGUGAUCCUGGCUUGUGCUCAGCUUGGUUCCGUCGAACUUGCGGAAUGGAUGGAGGACUAUGUCCGAGGCAGCGAGUAUAAGGAUGAUGUGCUUGUUAAUACAGCACUGAUUGACAUGUAUUCCAAGGCAGGGAGCAUUGACCGUGCACAUACAGUCUUUGAACGGAUGCAUGUGAGGGAGCGGGAUGUGGUCGUUUGGAGUGCACUUAUUGGUGGUUACGGGGUGCAUGGCCAUGUAAAGGAGGCCGUUACCCUGUUUGAGGACAUGAAGCGUGCUGGGGUGAAACCAAAUGAUGUGACAUUCCUGGGCCUCCUUUCAGCUUGCAACCAUGGUGGUGCUGUGGAGAAAGGGUGGAGCUACUUCCAUUCCAUGAAACAUGACUAUGGGAUCGAGCCCCGGCACCAGCACUAUGCUUGCAUGGUGGACCUGCUUGCUCGUGCUGGUCAUCUUGACAGGGCUUACCACUUUAUAAUGGACAUGCCCAUCAAGCCAGAGAUGAGUGUGUGGGGUGCCUUGCUUCACGGUUGCAAGAUGCAUGGACACUCAGACAUGGCGCUGGCUGAGUGUGCCGCGCAGCACAUUUUUGAGCUGGAGCGUUCCAAUGCAGGGCAUUAUGUGCAGCUUGCAAACUUGUAUGCAUCUGCGGGAAUGUGGAGCCAUGUUGCUGGUGUCAGGCUCACCAUGAGAGAGAGGGGUGUUAGCAAGGCAACAGGGUGCAGCUCCAUUGAUAUCAACGGAGAGAUGCACUCCUUCCAUGCAGGGGAUCAUUCACAUCCUAGGGCUGCUGAGAUUUUUGCAUUGCUUAGUCUUCUUUCUCCAACUCCAGCUGGAGGUGGAGGCGGACAAGAGUUUUUUUGAACGGUCCUUUUCUCCCUCGUUCUUCCUGAGGGAGCAUGUGUUACAAGUUGACAGUAAGGGUGGACAGGAAGGGCGGAAGCUGCAGUGAUGGUGGUACAGAUCAGCGGCCAAACACAACACGAUCAAAACACUCGGCCACAGAGCAGCGCAGACGCAGCAAAAUCA